AUGGGUGGAAAUAGCAGUAAAUUUCGUAAAUAUGUUGAGAACGGAGACGAGGCGUCGUCUCUGAAGCUGAUUGAAGAGCACCGGGAAGUCCUCAAGACUUUCAAUCCAAACGAUUCCGUCAAUGAAUGGCAGGAAUCGUCGCUUCUGUUAUGUUGCAAGUGGUCGAUGACAUCGAUUGUGAAAACUCUUCUGUAUGACUGCGGCGGUGACCCCAACCGCAAGAAUGUGUUUAAUCAGACGGCACUACAUCUGGUCUGUCAGAUACCCGUCCACAACGAUGACGAGUCCACUGGAGAGGCGUUAAGAGGCGAACACAGCGAAGACUCUUCGAGAGGAAGACGUGCGAAAUGUCUGCAAUUGAUUCUCGACUGGAAUCUGGUUUGUGAGACGAGCAGCACGAGUAAGAAGUCAUCGGUAGAACCGGUAGAUAUCAACGCGUUGGACAGGAGUGGCAACACUGCCCUCCACUUCGCCGUCACCAACGGCCUCAUGGAUUGCGUGAAGAUUCUUGUGGACAAUGACUGUGAGCUGUUCAUUGAGAACCAAUUGGGUGACACUGCAUGUGAUGUGGCCCUGAAGUACAAUCAUUUGGAUGUUUUGCGAUAUCUUGAAUUCAAAAUGGUUUUCAGCAGUCAUUCAAACGCUAUUUUGGCUAAAGUUGCGGAAAUCAAUAGAAAUGAAGACUAUUUGCCACUCAAAUGGCAUGAUUUACAAGAUAUUAAGAAUCAGUUGACAUCAGAGACGUCUCAUUUGUUGAAUGUCUCACUCUCUUCGGCGGAAGUGCUUUUGCGGUCAUUUGAUUGGUCUCAGGAGUCACUGAUCGACCACUGGUUCAACGACUCGGAACAGUUGACCGCAAAGGAGAAACAUUUGAUUGUCAUUAACACUGACAAUGAAGUGCUUAAAGUGGCUCCAAAUGGAAAGCAAAAGUCAUGUGAAAUCUGUUCCCUGGAGUUGGGUUCAUCUGAAAGGAUUGGUGCCAUAUGUGGCCAUCAAUUUUGUCUUAACUGUUGGCGAACUUAUUUGGAGCUUAAGAUAGAGUGCGGCGAGACGUCGGCCAUCACUUGCCCGGCCUUUAACUGUUCCCAUUUGGUGACCCAUAAGAUCAUCGAAACGGUGGUCUCCCGGGAACUGAUCGACCGUUUUAUGCGCAAAGACAUCGAGUCGUUCAUUGAGAGCAACCCAACCAUCCAGUGGUGUCCCCACCCGGCCUGUGAUAAAGCCGUACUUCUGCCGGAAUCAAAGUCUCACCCCAAUAGCGACCAGUCCUACGUGUUGGCCAAUAUGCCGGCCCUCCUGCCUGUGAGUCACGCCGUGGAGUGCACUGAUGGACACAACUUUUGCUGGGAGUGUAGGCGCGAGGCUCACAGUCCGUGCGAUUGCAAGCUGUGGGAGGACUGGAUGACCAAAAUCAGUGACAUUAAGGCCGAAGAGCUGAAGCAGAAGUAUUCGCGCACAGAGGACGCGGCCAACAGUCUAUGGUUAGUCCGAAACGCCAAACAGUGUCCGCGAUGUAAGGCCUAUAUCCAGAAGUCCGAGGGCUGUAACCAUUUGCGGUGCUCUAAGUGUAAGUACGACUUCUGCUGGAUAUGUCUCGAGUCGUGGAAGAAACACAACUCGGGAACCGGCGGUUACUUCCGGUGCAACCGUUCAGAGGCCGCCCAAAGAGCCGAACAAAACAUAUGUUUAUUGAAAAGAGUGGCCGAACAGCAGAACUGCGAGAUUAAAGAACUCAAGAAAUUUGUCUUUCAUUACACCAAAUAUAAGUUCAAUAUUAUGUCAGCCGAGACACAGACGUCACUCAUAGACAGAUCCCGAGCCAAACAGAGGGAACUCUUUGACUAUUCCGUGCAGUUGUCCGAAGAUAACGAUUCGGCCGAAAGUGUUGACCCCGAAGAUGACUUCCUAUGUCUGGCGGCUUAUGAGUUGAUUCGCGGCCGUAAUGUUUUGUGCGGAUCAGCUGUUUAUGGCUAUUAUCUCGAGGAUCACGGCUAUAAUAAGGCUGUGUUUGAAUACAUGGAAAAUAAUCUCAAUAUUAUUGCCAACCGAUUAUCGGAAACAAUUAGCGGUAGUUUUGAUUACUUAAGGAAUUCCCGUAAUUAUAUCAUUGAUAUGACAAACAAAGUAAAGACCCGACGACUGGAACUGUUGUCAGCGGUCUGUAACGGACUGAUACCCCCUGAAACCCCUCCCGGCUUUAAUAAGCAUCAGAGGCGUCACUGUUUGCCCGGAGUGUUGGCUUUGGACUCAAUGGAGAACCUAAACAACCCGUGCGAUGAGAACGACAAUAGCCUCAUGAGUCAGGCCAUCAUCUCAUCGUUAAGUGAAUUAAAUGACAAGAACUCAUGGAUUCAGGACAAGAACGGGAGACAUAAUAAUCUGUUCGCGAUAUACGACUGGCCGGACGACUGUCACGUCGAUUACAGCGACCGAGUGAUCAGCGAUGAUAAGACAGUUGUAGUGAUGAACAACCAGUCGGUGCCAAACGCCAGCAAAUCCAGUGAAGAGCCCACUGAUCCCGACGUCUGUAGUAAUCGUUUUUGUGCGAAGCCUAGAGUUCAGAACCCGAGGACCGGACAAAAGCAUGAGUUCUGUUCUCUAAAGUGCAAGUAUUUGACGGAAGAUAGGGAAAGGGAUGUUAAGAAUAUCGCAGAUUAUAGUAAUGCAAUGAACUAUCCGUACGACCCGUCUAUGGAUUUAUUACUGGCGAUAGAAAUGUCAAAACUUUCGUACGAAGAAGAGAAGCAAAGAUGUGAUAAUAUAGUGUCCAUUGAAUCGGAGGUUAAGCCCAGCGAUGAGAACCAGAAUCACGACACGAUUAGUGAGAAUCCGUUUGAGAUGUUUGUUGAAGACAUCAAAACCAAUCCAAGUGUUAGUGAUUCCUCCGCAGCAAAGACUGCGAUCAUGUUUUUCCUCAAGAGUUCGUUCAAUGAUAUCGUGAUCGACGACAAGAAUCUGAAUCCUUCGCCAAAAGAUUUCAAGACUGAAAAGAAACUCUUUUCUGUCCUUUAA